AUGCGCAACAGCGCACUCAAGUCCUCGGUGCGGACAUUUGCCUCCUCGUCCGCGCGCAGCCAGGCGGUGCCCACCGAGAAGCCUGUCCUGAGCAAGCAGUUCAAGAUCUACCGCUGGAACCCAGACGAGCCAGCGAAGAAACCAACGCUGCAGACGUACAACGUCGACCUUAACCAGUGCGGUCCCAUGAUUCUCGAUGCCCUCAUUAAGAUCAAGAACGAGAUGGACCCCACGCUCACCUUCCGCCGCUCUUGCCGAGAGGGCAUCUGCGGCUCGUGCGCCAUGAACAUCAAUGGGCAGAACACGCUCGCGUGUCUCUGCCGCAUCGACCGUGACGCGAACAAGGACACCAAGAUCUACCCACUCCCGCACAUGUACAUCGUCAAGGACCUCGUACCAGACCUCACGCUCUUCUACAAGCAGUACAAGUCGAUCGAGCCCUAUUUGAAGAAUGACAACCCUCCCGAGGGUCGCGAGCACCUGCAGUCGCCUGAGGACAGGCGCAAGCUUGACGGGAUGUACGAGUGCAUCCUGUGCGCAUGCUGCUCAACAUCGUGCCCAAGCUACUGGUGGAACCAGGACGAGUACCUCGGCCCGGCAACGCUUAUGGCUGCCUACCGCUGGAUGGCUGACUCACGAGACACAUACGGCGCGCAGCGCAAGGAAAAGCUCCAGAACGAGCUGAGCCUGUACCGUUGCCACACGAUCUUCAACUGUGCGCGCACGUGCCCGAAGGGACUUAACCCCGCAGCGGCGAUCGCGAAGAUCAAGCUUGAGCUCGCCGCGGACUAA